AUGAAAGGGUCAUUGAAAACAAAUGGCUACACGUUUGCCUACAGACGACAUGAGGUGGUAAACCAAGAACCAAGCAUUCAGGAAUUGAAGGACAGAUGGCCUGCACUCUUCACACAGAAAGAGAUAAAUACAGAGUUCCAGAGGCUCAUGGCUGUUCCUCUUGAGGGAAAGUUCAUGGCCCAGUUAGACAUGCACUCAAGUCAGCUGAUCAAAGUCAUACGUGCCAAAGGAGGAGCAACACGCCAAAAGAUUGCAAACAUCAUGGACACAUUGGACCAGACUGUGGACAUUAAUCAUCGGAGGGAAUGUGUGCUGAAAGCCCUCACCAUCUUCCUGGGAGAAGAUGCAGAUGGCCUGAUCAAGGAAUACCUUGACUGUGGAGCAGAUGAUGUUCAGAGGGACCUGGGGCAGGUCACCAUGGCAGUGUUUGUGAUUCGGAAGGAGGGGGAGGGACUGCAGGACCCACCUGCAGACAUUGGCAUCGUCAUCGAGGGUGUGGAAGUGUUGCAUGAACUGACUUCGGUUGCCUCAGCUUGUGCCCUGCUUCUAGGUUUGAUUUAUGCACUCAACCUAGCUUAUCCAAAACCCUUUCGCUUCACUUUUGAAGUGCUCCAAAAAAUCUUCAUGCAGCUUGAUCAGCACAAGAUGUCCCCCAAAGUCCAAAAUCUGUAUAUCAAACUUCAAAGCUCCCAGUAAUGGCACACAACGAUGACCAACAAAUGGCCUUGUGCCAUGAUGCGAAGGAACAACUGUUUGGACAUAUAGCAUGUAAAAUAUGUAGUCUCUUUUGGAUGUUGGGCCUUUUUUAUGCUCCGAGACCUCAAACCACAAUUUAAUGUGCUUUUAUACAUAUUUUGUAACGGGUAUGGUAUUUUUAUUUUAUUUUAUUUUAUUUUUUUCAGACAUACUUCCCUACGUUUCAAGGGAAAGGUUGCAUUUCAGGUUUGAUGUGCUCAGUUAUACAACAAACUCCUGUGACACCCUAAAACUUUAAAAGAAGUGUUAAUAUUUUUUCAUCCCCAUUGGUCAGCUACACUGUUAGGGUAUAUAUUCAUUGGCUAUAGCUGAAAAGAAGUCUCUGUACUAUUGGCACUUUUUCAUAGUUGACACUAUAUGUGUUGAGAUUGCAUAUUUGUGUAAUACUGUGUUGCACUAUUUUACACUUUGACAGCUUUGUGGUCCUCCUAACAGUUACUUGCAUCUUGUGCAUAUGUGUUUUGUUAAGUUAAUGGUU